GUAACAGCCAGGGCUGGAGCCAGAGAGGGGGAGGCUGUGGUGCUGGUGGGGCUGUUAAACGGGCUGCAGCAGCAAGGGCUGAGCAGAUGAGCUAAGAAAUUAUGUAAGGAUGCCGUCCGGCAAGGUUCUUCACUCCUUGGGGCCCUCCAAGAUGCCUGAAGGAUUCCAGAGCAAAGUUGUGGCCCCCCGUAAUCCAAAGCUUGUCAGAGAAGAAGAAAUGGCUGUUACUCUGACUCCAUCUGCCUUCCUAAAGGAGAUGUCUCUUACUACGGAGCAGAAGCUGGCUAGUACUCAUGAGAUGCGGCCACCUCGGAUUGUUGAGCUUUUAGACAUGAGUGAAACCUCCCAUCAAAAGUUCUCUUCAGUUGACCUGGAGCAGAGCUUGUUUCAGCCCUUCCCAUCAGAGGUGGUAUUUCAGAACUAUGCCCCUUGUGAGAUCUAUGAAGUCCCGCUGAUUUUGAGGAACAAUGACAAGAUUCCCCGGUUGGUGAAAGUCAUCCUGGAGAGCUCUCCUUACUUCAGAGUUAUCAGUCCCAAUGAUGUGGGUCACAAAGUAGCACCAGGCAUGGCGUCUACCUUCCGCAUCCUCUUCACUCCUGAGGAAAACAAGGAUUACAUCCACCAGGUAACCUGCAUCACGGAAAGAGAAAAGUUUAUUGUGCCUAUCCGAGCUAUAGGGGCUCGGGCAAUACUGGACUUCCCGGACCAACUGAACUUCUCCACCUGCCCUGUCAAGUACAGCACUCAGAAAACUCUGCUGGUUCGCAACAUUGGCAAUAGAGAGGCCCGCUACAGAACCAGCCUUCAGAGCCCUUUCUCUGUAGAGCCCUGCAUUGGGACACUGGGUGUAGGGGAGACCAUGCAGCUAACGGUAGAGUUCCAGCCGCUGGAGAUAGGUGAUCACUCCAAGGACUUGAUUGUUCAUUAUGACACCGGUGAGGAUAUCCACAUAAGUUUGUAUGGAGCAGCCACAGACGUCAAUGUCAGACUGGACAAGAACACCUUGACGAUUGAGAAGACAUACGUUACUUUAGCAAACCAAAGAUCGGUGCUUAUACACAACCGAAGCGACAUCAUAGCACACUUCCAGUGGAAGGUCUUUGUUACUCAAGAAGAGGAGGAACGACAGAAGCUAAGGCCCUGUUACCAACUGCAGAUCCAGGAAAAGGAUGAGACUGAUCCAUUUCUGGAGGAAUGCAAUGCAGACCCUGUGUUCCGAAAGCGCCUUUCCGUUCUCUCCCGCACCUUCCAGAACCACAGGACAAUGAUGCAAGGAGACUCCAUGUUCUUCUCUGAUAAUAUCUUCACUGUUGAGCCAGUGGAGGGAGAUGUUUGGCCAAAUUCUACAGCUGAAAUUAAUGUGAUCUUUAAGCCCCGAGAAGCCAAAGUCUAUCACAGAACCGUCUACUGUGACAUCUCAGGCCGUGAGACCCGGCUCCCCCUGCGCAUCAAAGGGGAAGGGAUGGGCCCCAAGCUGCUCUUCAACUUCGACCAGCUAGAUAUUGGAAAGGUCUUUGUUGGGUCAACACACAGUUACGAGGCCAUCCUGUGUAACAAAGGAGCCAUUGAUGCCCUCUUUAACUUGAUUCCUCCAGCUACUGCCCUGGGCGCCUGUUUUACCCUCGAUCCCAAAGAGGGCAUCAUUCUGCCAGGUGGACUUCAAGCCAUCCAGAUUUCCUUCAGUUCCACCAUCCUGGGGGAGUUCACAGAGGAGUUUAAAUUCAGUGUGAACGGAGCCCCCGAGCCUGUGAACUUGACUAUUAGGGGCUGUGUCAUCGGACCGACGUUUCAUUUCAGCGUACCAUCCCUAAAUUUUGGCGAUGUCUCCUUUGGGUUUCCUCGGUCCUUAUCAUGUUGCCUUAUUAACACUUCUUUGAUCCCCAUGACAUUCAACCUUCGCGUCCCUGGGGAUGGCCUUGGGGAUCCAAGUGUUACCAGUUCUGUUCAGAUCUUGGACAUCACAAGAACAUCCUGGAGAAAGGGAGCCCAGGGAAGUGUCAAGCCAAAAGAAUUUACCAUAACACCCAGUAGAGGUACCAUCCGCUCUCAUGAGCUCCUGAAUAUCCAGGUGACCUUAUGUUCCAACACUGUGAAGAAAUAUGAAAUGGCAUUGGUGGUGGAUGUGGAUGGUAUUGGAGAGGAAGUGCUGGCACUCCUAAUCACAGCGAGAUGUGUUGUUCCUCCACUGCGUGUGGUUAACCCUGUGGUGAAGUUUGGACGAUGUUUCCUGAAAUUCCCUUACCAGCAGAUGGUGAUGCUUGUGAAUGACGCUGAGCUUCCAGGGUGCUACGGGGUUCUCCCUCAGGAGUAUGAGGAGAAGCCCUCUGUGUUGUACUCAAGCCCCAGGCCUUGUGGCAUUAUUCAACCUCAUAGCACUGUGGAGAUCCCCUUAGCACUGGAAACCCAAGUGACUGGACAGCAGGACACUGUGGCUUCCAUAGCCAUGUUUGGAAGUGAAGAACCGCACCUGAAGAUUCAUUUAGUGAGCAUUGGUGAAGGCCCAGUUGUCUACGUGGAUCCUGCUCAGAUCGAUUUUGGCAAUAUCCAGGUUCUAAAGGAUGCUUCCUGUACACUCCACCUCUCCAAUCAGACCGUUAUUCCUGCACCAUUUUGGGCACAGAUGGCUCGCAGUCACUCGUUGUGGAGGAUUGAGCCCAGUGAAGGUGUAGUCCCCCCAGAGGCUGAGGUAUCGCUGACUCUGAUUGCUAACUUGGAUGACACGGUGAAAUUCCAAGACAAGGUGAACUUGUUCAUACAAAACAGCAAUACCUAUGUGAUCCCAGUCCAGGCUGUUGGCAUUGGUACCACGAUUGUCACGGACAAGCCCUUUGCUCCAGCACUCAACUUGGGACCCCAUUUCAGUCUGGAUCCUUGCUGCUAUCACUUCAAGAUAACCAACCAUGGGCGACGAACCCAUCAGCUCUACUGGAUGACAGAAGGUUUCCCUCCAUUUCGCCAGCGUAACCAUUUGCCUGCUAUCAGUAAUGCCAAGGGCAAGAACUUCCCCCAGAGACCAGAGACUCCCUCUCCGGUGUUUAAGCUUCAUCCAUUAAGGAUGGAGCUGAACCCAGGCAAGACUGUGGAUAUGAUGCUGGAAGGCUCCUCUGACACCCCUAAGGUAGUGAAGGAACGAUUGAUUUGCCAUGCCAUUAUAGGGAAGCAGUCUGGGAAGGAACGAAUAAUGCAAGUGGACGUCACAUGUGAAUUCAUCGCACCCAUUCUGCACCUCUCCUCCAAAGAGAUCACUUUCCGAGUGGAGAAGCACCCCAGUGAUGUCCUGACUUCGCAGUAUGAACCUCUGAUCUUAAAGAACAUCUCCGCCCUGCCACUCAGCAUUCUCCUGUCCCUACAAGCACCCUUCUUCCUCUGUGACACAGACCAGCAAACGCUGCCUGCAGACGCUCAGCCCAGGACACUAGAGACCGGAGAGGAGCAGCAUCUCUCCAUCAGGUUUGACCCUUCCUACAGAAAGGAUUUGAACACCCGGGUUGCAGAGGAGGUCCUGACUAUCCGGUAUCUGGAACACCCUCAUGAGGACCAGGUCACCCUUCGGGGUGAAGUGCACUUCCCAAACCUUCACUUCCAGACUAUGGAUUUGGAUUUCGGCUGCAUCUUGAAUGACACCGAGGUUGUACGUUACAUCAAAAUGACCAACUGCAGCCCGCUUCUCGUCAAGUACCACUGGUCCUUUCUGAUGGACAUCUAUGGGAACCAGAUAAGGUUCAGCCCUGGAGGACAUAAGUCUAUCAUUGAACCCGAACCAACAAAUGAGCAGAAAACUCAGCAGGAGUCCCAGGCAGCCUCAGAACAAACUGACAGCAGCAUUUCUGUGAGAAACUCCAGAGAGAUGGAUGUGGAGAAACAUGCCAAUGGGAUGAGUGAAGAGGAGACCCAAUGCAAAGAGCCGCUGGACAGAAAUGAUUCCUCAGAAAUAAAGAUGCUAAUGGUGGGUGCUGAUGAAGUGGAAAGUAUUUCUCGGACUCAGAGCCCGGCAGAGCUCAAGGAAUCACUGUGGUUUGUGGAGCCAGAAGACCUUCUUGCAACAGGGGUGGAAGAAGUGUUUGACAUCUUGCCCCUCUAUGGAAUGCUGCAACCCAACGAGAGUCAGCAGGUCUCAUUCACCUUUUAUGGCCACACCAACAUCACUGCCCAGGCCAAGGCGCUGUGCAAAGUCGAGGGAGGCCCUACCUAUGAGAUCAUGCUGAGCGGAGAGGCUUCACUCAUCAGUUACGCCUUUGACAUAAAGGAGAUUGACUAUGGGCUGCAGCUAUUUAACCAAGUCAUUGAAGCUGAAAUCACACUAUGCAAUAGCGGGAAGGUUGGAUUUGGGUACAUGGUACUGAACAUGAGCCAGGCCUCCGCCGACAACCCUCCACCAGGAGUGCCACUGAUCCUGCCUGCCACUGGUUACAUUGAAUCAAAAAAAGAACAAGUUCUGAAGGUCUAUUACCUGCCUGGCAUACCUGAGGUCUUCCAACAGACCUUCCAGAUACAGGUGGCCCACCUGGAGCCAGAGAGCAUCACCUUGAAAGGAGAGGGAAUCUUCCCCAGGAUCUGCCUGGAUCUGCCCAGAAACAUCAAAGGAAACAAAAGGUAUGAGAAUGUCCUCAAGGAGGCAAAACAAAGAGUGGAAGGAGAGACUCAGAGAGAUGAGGCACUUGGCCACUCAGAUGCAAUGGCUGCAGAGCCAUCCAUGGACCAUCCUGGCACCAUGUUUGACACUUGGCUGCAGAUGGAAGUGGAGCGGCUGCUCAUACAAGAACAUGCCCUGGAGCAGCAGAAAGCUAUUCUCUCUGAUCCCGCGGAGGACUCCACCCUCAGCCAGCGUGCUCGCCGAAAACUUGUCAAAGCUCAGCUGCCUGAAUACAUCUUGGACUUUGGCUACAUCAUUCUUGGUGACAUCCGAACUCACAUUGUCAAAAUCACCAACACUAGCCAGUUCCCUGUAUCCUUCCAUGCAGACAGACGGACACUGCAUGAUACAGGUUUCAGCGUAGAACUGGACCGCGUGAAGAACCUGCCCUACUGUGAGACAGAAACGUUUGAAGUACGGUUUGAUCCCCGCAGUGCCAGCUUGCCUUUGGGAGAUGUGGAAGUGCUCCUGCCCAUCAAGGUUGUGGCUGGCCCAACAUUUCUCAUCUGCCUUCGUGCCAAAGUGACCAUGCCUUCGCUCUGCAUCUCCAGCAACAAGCUGGAGUUCUCCUCCGUCCAGUGUGGGCAGUGCCAGGUGGAGACCAUCCAGCUCCACAAUCAACUGCAGGUCGCUUGCGAAUGGUUCAUCACCAGCAAUGAGCACAUCAAAAAGGUGGAUAAACACUUGCCAGCCAGCCUGCGGCGGAAGCUACGUCAGGAAUUCAAAUCAAAGCCCCCUAUCUUUGAGAUGAUCCCCUCAUCUGGAAUGCUGGCUCCAGGGGAGCGACUCAAUGUGCAGGUCAAGUUUGCGCCAGUGGAAGAGAGGUUCUACAGCAACCACCUAACAGUGAACAUCUCCCAGAGCAGUGACCGGCUGCUGCUGCUCGUCUCCGGAUACGGUCUGGAGCCACGCCUGGAGUUCACGCCCUCAGUGCUGGAGCUGGGGCCCCUGCUGCCGUACGGUGUGGGGGACGAGGCAGAGGUGGUAGUGAAGAACCCAUGCAAGUUCCCCAUUGAGUUCUACUCCUUGGAGUUUGACCAGCAGUAUCUGACUGAGGAGAGGAUUUUGCGGACGCUGAAGGGCUACGAUUCCCAUAACACUCUGCUGCUGCCCCCUCGCAUCCCAGGUGAGAAGCUGCCUCCGGAGGUGCUGGAGUAUUACAAAGACCAGAAGAGGAGUCCAGAUGAGCAAGCUAAGGCCAAAAUGAUGGAGGCAAUAGGCCAAGAGAAUGAUGACGAGGAGAACCCCUUUCUGUCUGAGUGCAGAAGGAAGCAAAGCCCUUCUGGGACCACACGCGCUGCCUCCACUGGUAUCACCAUCUUUCCCUCCAUCUCCGUUUUUGAGGAAAGCCGUUCUCACAAGAUGGAGUCUAAAUUCGAGCAGGAGGAAGAGGAGGAGAAGGAGGAAGGUGCUGAAAAAGGACAGGGGCUAGAGUGUCAGCGAAGCAUUGAUGGCAGCUGCAAGGAGGCUGUUGGAGAACUAGACAACAACCCCGUCUCCAGAGCCAUUGCACGCCACCUUGGCAUUGAUAUCUCUCCAGAAGGUCGUGCAGCCAAGAACCGCAGAGGCAUUGUCAUCAUAAUCCAUGGUGCUCCCCUUACAGGAAAGACAACUGCAGCUGUCACCUUGGCCAAACACUACAGUGCUGCCUACCUAUCCAUCGACGCUGUGGUGCUGGAAGCCCUCUCCGACAGGAGCAGUUCUGCGGGGCUUCGCGCACGGGAGCUGUGCAUCAGGGCUGCCAUUGAGCAGGCACAUCGAGAGUCAGAGGAAACUGGUCAGUCUUCUGAGGGCUCUGCGGGGCAGACAGCUCUGAGCACAAGACUGAGUGUUGAGGCUUUGGCCAAGCAUACCACAGAGGUUAGCCAGCCAAGCUCUGAGACCAAAACCGGGCCACAGUCCAUCACCUCCAAGGGCUACAGGGGCAGCACAGCAACAGGCAGGGGGAAGUCAGAAGGCCAUGCCUCGCAGGCACAGAAGCAGCAGCACCAGUCAGAUCAAACAGGAUCACAGGUUCCUCCGAGCCCUAUUCCCAGUGCUCCUGUCCAGCGACGGCUCAGCGUCAGUGCCAGCAUGGCAGGAGAAUCGGGGCUGAUGAGCUGCAUGCUUCCCGAGGAGCUACUGGUGGAGAUCCUUUCAGAGAGGAUGCAGCUGAGUGACUGCUAUCGGGGAGUGGUGUUUGAUGGACUAGAGACACUCUUUGCCCGCAAUAUGCCUUCUGCUCUCCUUUGCCUGCUCAAAGCAAUCAACAACCGGCGUUACAUCUACACGGUGAACCUGUUCCAGGAUUAUGCUGCCAUGAAGGCUAGGGAGAAGGCCAAGAAAGAGCAGGAAGAACAGGAACAGAAAGAUGCCAUUGCGAGGGAAAAGGCUCGUCUCCAGGAGAUGGAUGAGGAAGAGUAUGACGCUCUCACUGAGGAGCAGAAAAUUCAGUUUGAUAAUGAACUGCUCCAAGCGCUACGGGAGCGGAAAAAGAGGGAGCUGGAGAAGUUGGCUCGAGAGCUCGAGGAAAAGAGGCACCAGCAGGAACUGGAGCGCUUGCGAGAGGAAGAAGAGAUGAGGAAGAAAACCAAACGGUGGAAGAGGGAGUCUGGAAAAGACAAAGAUGAGGCCUUGGGAAGGAAAAGCCAGCUGGGAGGCAAACAGGGUGCCAGUAUCUCCACUGUCAAUAGGUCAGACCUCAAACUGAACGAAGGGGUGGAGAGGAAAGUGUCUGUGAGAGAGCGCCCAGAUUCUGUGGCAUGUGACAAGGAGGACAAAAAAAAGCGGAGCAAACUCAUUCUGCCAGACGUCCUGCCGCUAGGGCCGAUGCCGCCUCCGAUCCCAGAGCAGGAGGAAACGGAAAAGGAGGUGGUAAGUGACAGUGAGAAGAACUUGACACAGAGGUUUAAAGUCUAUGAGGCCACACAGAGGGAAAUUGUCCAGAUUUUGUCACUCUGGGACCGGGUGCAAGGUGUCCAACUGCCGCCCCCAGGCCUUGAGGAGACCCAGCAUGAAGCAGAAGAUCAGCGUCAGGCUCCGUCUGGCCGCAAGGGCCGGAAGGACAGGGAAAGGGAGCGCCAGGAAAGGCUGGAGAAGGAAAGAGCUGAGAGAGAGCGGCUGGAAAAGGAGAGAGCCGAGAAGGAGCGCCUGGAAAAGCUAAAGGCCCUGGAGGACUCUAAGGUGUCUGGGCUGGAGGGAGAAGGGGCAGAAGCAGCAGACAAAGACCAGGAUGGAAAGAAAGACGUGGGGGUGCCAUGCUUGGACUUCCAUGUACUGAACUCAGAGGACACCAGUGGGAAGAGGAUCUUGGAGAGUGGCAAGCUGCCGGAAGUAGAGCAGGUCCUGGACGGCUUGGGGCUCGGUCCCUCAGGGCCACCCAUCCCUCCGACCGCCUUUUUCUCCGUGAUUCCCUACCCAGAGAAGCGGAUGGCUCAUGUGGCAGGAGAAGCCCUCAAGCAUUUCACCUUCGUUGUGCCUGAAGAUACAAAUAUGGAUGAGGAAAAGAAGGAUGCAGAGGGCAGUGCAGAUGCUUCUGUUGCUGUCCCUGUGGUGAAGGAAGAACAGAUCACCCCAACCAGAGGUAGACUGAAGAAGGACAAAGCGGAGUCCAGCCGUGAGGCUCAGAAGGAUAAGCGCAGCACAGGCCGCAAGAAGGGUCUUCAGGGGCCAGGCCCCGGAGCACUGGCACCACUGUCAGAGCUGGAUCAAAGCAACUUGAUUGGGGAACAGUCCCAGGAAAAGAUCCUCAGGCUGAGCAGCUUCCGCUGGACGGUGCCUGCUAAUGGAGAGGUUGUCAUGAAGAUACACUUCUCCUCCACCGUGGCAGGGCAAUUUGAUCAGACCCUGAACUUCGAGAUCCUCGGCACUCGCCGGCAGUACCAGCUUUACUGCAGAGGCACCUGCACUUACCCUACCAUCAGCCAGGACCCCAGGGUGGUAUUUCCCCACCGGAGGAAGAGUGCGAAGCCUGACGACAUCAUCUUCAAACAGUACGUGAUGAGCUCGGGGGUGUUCCACUUCGGCCCCUUGCUCUGUGGAAAGUCGAGAGACAGAUACAAGGCCCUCCGAUACCCCAACAACUCUGAGAAGAUAACCAUCCUCAACCCAUCCCCUUUGGAAGCGGAAGUGUUUUUCUGCUUCCAGCAUGACAUCAAGGCAAAUACAUACCUCUUGGAUCCUCCCACCAUGACGCUGAAACCCAGCGAGAAGCAGGAGCUGAGCAUAUGGGCAUACCCCACCGCACCUGGCAUAUUUGAUGACAGCAUCGUCUGCUGCAUUAAAGAGAAUCCAGAGCCAGUGGUCUUCAGAAUCUGCUGCCACGGGGUGCGUCCCGAACUGGAGCUCGACCGCAAGCAGUUGCAUUUUGAGAAGCUGCUGCUGCACAGAAAGGACACCAAGAUGCUUUUCCUGAGAAACACCUCCCCAAUGCCUGUAGCCUGGCGGCUCAGUGGCCUGGAGAACUUGGGAGAUGAUUUCUCUGUCUCACAAGACCAGGGCGUCAUCGGUCCCCGCUCAGAGUACUGCCUGCAGCUGCAUUUUAAGGCUACGAAACCUCUCAACAUUAAGAAGGUCAUCCGACUGGAGGUUUCAGACAUGGAAAACAUCCUGGGGAUUGUUCAGUACGAAAACAUCCAAAUCCUUGCCGAGUCCUAUGACGUUGCUCUGGACAUCAGCUUCCCCAGAGGUACAGAUGGUGGUUUGGAUUUCGGGGUCAUUAGAGUAUUGGAUGAAGCUCGGCAAAUGGUGUCGCUGAAGAACAAAGGAAAAUAUGAGAUUGGAUACAGCUUCACUCUAGAAUGCCCUGACGCCAACAUGCCAAAUUUGAACUCCGUCUUCAGCAUCCAGCCCCAGAAGGGGACUUUAGCCGCUGUUGACCGCCCCACUCAGAUCCAGAUCACCUUUCGCUCCAAGAAGGAAAUGAAAAUUGAAGAUAAGCCUAUCCUGUACUGCCAGGUGAUCGAGCCCAAUGUCUGUGAAGGAGGCGAGACCAUUGCCAGCAUUCCAGUGAAAGUGUCAGUGAAUUCUUUGUUCACCAAGUACAGCGUUUCCCCUGCCUCGCUCGUCAACUUUGGCUCCAUGAUGAACAGCACCCGUAAGACCUGCACCUUCACUCUGGAGAACAAAGGUGCGCUUGAUUUCAAGUACUUCAUCGGCAAGCUAAUACGAGAUCUGCCCAUCCCACCCAAAAAGGGACCAUCUCACAUCAAGCACUCCCGUUCCCGUGACAGCGAGACCUUAAGCAAGAUCCCUCCCGUUGGCAAACAAAGCAAGCGCACGGAAUCUCUUCAGAAGGACAUCAACCUUGUUGCGCAGGCUCGCUUCACUCUAGGUAUGUUCACAGUGUAUCCUGGAUUUGGAUCCAUCCCUGCAGGAGGUCAGCAGAUCAUCACAGUUGAUUGUUUAGCAGAGCCAGUGGGAAAGUGUGAGGAAUACCUGGCCAUUGACAUCACCGACAGGGACCCUGACGAUAAUCCGGGAGGCAUCCCAUACACCUUGGUUGCUGAGUCAUGCCUGCCAGCCUUUGUGGUUGAUGACAUCGGGUCCAUUUUUGAGGAGCAUCGGAUCUGCAGCAACAUCAACCUUUACCAGAUCCUGCAGACAGUGGAAGGCGGAGGGGUGUUUGUAUCAGAUGAGAACAAGUUCAUCUUCAGUAACGUCCUGGUUGGGCACCAGGCAACAGCUCGAUUCAAGAUCGCCAAUGUGGGCAGAAUUCCUUGUGACGUGGUACUCGUGGUCAAGCCUGUCUCUAGCAAGGCUGCUGCCCGCAUUAACGACAUCUUCGAGGUGGAUCCCGUUCGGAUGUGCGUCCCCAGCCGCUCCCAUGCCUUUGCUACAGUGACUUUCACCCCACAGACGAUGCAGAGCUACCAGUGCGUUUUUGAGGCUUUCAUUGAUGGACUGCCAAGCUUGGUCGCUAAAUCACGAAAUUUAACAUUUGAUAUCACUGGGGAUGGGAACUUCCCCCGAGUGACCAUCUUGCGCCCUGUCCUCCGCAACAAAAGAGGGAACCCACUGCUCCUCUUCAAGAGGCUCUUGCUCGAGCGAUCGGAGAAACUCCCUUUUGUUCUAAAGAACAGUGGCAUGAUACCCGUUCAGGUGAUGGUUGACCUGCUGGAUGAUUAUGGAGUUUUCUCACUGAAAUCCAGGCCUACCACUCACUGCCUCUAUAUGGCUCAGAGUGAGGGGGAUGAAUCAGGCAGAGAAGGAAGGAAACCCCACACAGCUUCCCUAAUCCUGCAGAAUGGUGAGUCGGCUGAGUUUGAUGUGCUUUUCAAACCCAGCCUGGCCCAGCGGGUGGAAGGGAAGAUCCAUCUGUCAGUGGUGGACAAUCAAUAUGAGGAAACCUGCAUUCAGAUGGUGGGAGAGGGCUACCAAGACGAUAUCACACUGGAUAACAUCCAUGGGCUGGUAGCCGAGAGCAACGAGGAAAAUGCAGAGGGGCAGCUGGAGGAGGACAGAGUGGAGGCUGCCAGAGAAGAUCACAUACAGUUUGGGGACUGUCACAUCGGGAAGCCCUACCAGGUGACCUUCACGAUAACCAACCGCAGCAAAGCAGAUGUGAUGAGGUUUGAAUGGCCUGCUGCAGCUUCGCUUGUCUUCUCUCCCCAGGUCGGCCACCUCCAUGCUGAAUGUGCUAAGGAUAUCACAGUGACUUUGAAAUCUAAUGUUCCUGUCACCUUCAAAAUGCACACAGUUAAGUGUAAAGUGUCCAGAAUCACCUUACAGCAUCUUGCGGACCAGGUCCCUGACUGGGAUGACCGCCUGCAUACUGUCAAGUGGGUGGAUGCUCUGAGGAGCCUGACGACCACGCGCCCGACAAAGAGGAAGGUGAUAGAGACAGACCCCGAGCCCGCCCACACUGUUCUGGAAGACAGCAGCCGAGAGCUAGACCUUCGAGUCAGUGCCAUUGUUGAUUACACCCAGUUCAAGCUAGAAGCUAACUUGGUGCAGUUCAAGGAGACCUUGCUCUUCCAGACCAGGGUGUUCAAGUUCCAGCUGUCCAAUAAGGGUAAUGUGGCGCUGGAGUACUCCUGGAAGGUGGUCAUGGAGGACAGCAGAAGGGCAGUCAACUUUACCGAAGAACCGUUGCCAUGCAGUCCUGAAGGAGAGUUCCCAUCUGCCACAUCUGCUGCCUCCACCAAAAUACCAUGCAGUCGACCCGCUAGCCAGCUAGGCAGUGUUCUGGAGAGUGUCUCAUCCUUCCUGUGUGCUGUUUCUGCACUCCCUCCAUUCUCUGUGGAACCCAGCAGUGGCCUCAUCCCAGCCGGGAAGAAGCAGCAGUUCCUGUUGAAAUUCUCCCCACUGGAAGUGGGAGAGUUUGAGGGCCACCUACUCUGCAGUAUCCCCAACCUGAAGCCCAAUCACCAAUGCCCCUUAGUGGCUGUGAAGGGGAGAAGCCUCCUGCCAUACUGCCAUUUCGAGCUGGAGGACUCUGACUACCUCACCGCAAACAGGCGCAACCCAGAGCUGCGAGGGCCCGGGGGGGCUGCGCUGGAUCCCAACACCAGGGUGAUUGAGUUUGCGUCUGUCGGAGUGCACGCUCGGAACAGCAGGACCUUCAUGCUUGUGAACCCCACCAAUUCCACCUACUCCUUCCAGUGGGCUUGUGAACAGCCAGAAGACUCGCGAGAACAGUCAGUCUUCAGUUGUCUGACAGAAAUGGGCCAGCUCCGGCCUGAGAAGAAGGCCGAGGUCACAUUUGAAUUCAUCCCACAGCACCUGGGUACCACAGAAUCGUUUUGGACCUUUACAAUCCCUGAACAGAACAUCUCAGUCCCAUUCCUGUUGGUGGGCAACACCACCGACCCCUCAGUAUCGCUGGACAGAUCCCACCUGAACUAUUUCUCUCUGUUAGUCGGACAUGAGGCCCGCAAGACGGUUCACAUGAUUAACAAUGAGAAUGAGGCCUUCAGCUUUGCUUUCAGAGACCGCUCGCGCUAUUCAGAGGGACACGUUAACUACCUAACAGUGCAGCCCAUGGAGGGCUGCAUUCCACCUCUUUCCAGGCUUCCUGUUACCAUCCUCUUCACCCCAACAUUGGAGGGGGAGGUGAACUUUAACCUCAUCUGUGAUGUCAAGAGAAAGAUCCAGCCGCUCUCCUUAAACGUCAAAGCCAUUGGCCACAGCAUGAAUGUGUGUGUCAGGUGCGAAGAAAACGACGGCUUGUUCACUGAGCUGAGUCUGCAGGAGAGCAGCAUCAUCAGUUUUGAGGAGGUGGAAAUAAACGAAUCUGCUCACCGCAACUUCUGUGUCCUGAACACUGGCAAGUUCAAUUUCCGCUUCUCAUGGGAGUUUUCCGGCCCCAGAGCACUGCAGCACUACCUCUCCAUCACCCCUGAGACUGGCACUGUGGAGGCAGGAGAGCGAGUACAGGCCCAGCUGACCUUCCACCCACUGAAGACAUGCAUCUUAAAGGACAUGGAGCUUAAGCUAAAGAUCAGCAACGGGCCCACGUUUAGCUGCAUCCUCCUGGCUUCUGUGGUGAUGCCCACGAUCCACUUCUCCUUUACCAAGCUUGACUUCGGAACCUGCUUCAUCUACUAUGCCGGGAUGCCCCCUGCCAGACACAUCCUUACCAUCACAAACAAGGAGGCCAAGGGUAUUAGCUUAGACUGCUUGUACACCAACACGGCCCACCUUGAGGUGAGCUUCCAGGCUGAAGUGCUGAGUCCUGGAGGGAAGAUGGAGGUGCCAAUCACUUUCUAUCCCCGAGAGGCUGUUUCCUACCACGAUAUCAUCCCCUUUGAAAUCAAUGGGCUCUCCCAACAGACUAUUGAGGUCCUGGGGAAGGGCACGGAGAUGAAGAUUGACAUCUUGGAACCGCCCAGCAAAGUGGUGAGAUUGGGCGUGCUGUCUGUUGGACAAACUAUGAAGAAGACUGUCACAAUAGUGAACAAUAGCAUUGCCCUUCUUACUUUUAACCUAACUUUCAUGUUCACUGUUCCAGAGCUGCUGGAAUCUAAGGUUCUCAGCCUGUCUCCAUCCAGCGACAUAACUCUGAAGCCCAAAGGGGGCACCUGCAGCGUAGAGGUGACUUUCUCCCCAAAGUGCCGCAUCCCGCAGUUCACGGAGGAGGUGAUGCUCGAGUGCAUGGGGCUACUCCGUUCCUUCUUUGUGGUGCGGGGCUGCUGCCAGGGCAUUGAAGUGAGCUUGGACCAGGAUCAUAUCCCCUUUGGGGCAGUGGUGCAGCGGAGCCAGGCUUCCCGGCGCAUCCUCAUGCAGAACACGGGAGACAUAGGAGUCAGAUUUAAAUGGGACAUCAAGAGUUUUGAGCCAGAUUUCUCCAUCAGCCCGGUGGAGGGUUACCUCUCCCCAGGCAUGGAAGUCCCCUUCGAAGUGACCUUUCAUCCCUGUGAGCUGAACCCGGAUAUCCACUAUGACAACCUGCAGUGCUGCAUCCAGGGCAGCGAAGCGCUCAGGCUCACUCUGACUGGAUGCUGCGUGGUGGUGCCUAUGACAAAAGAGGUGAUGAAUUUCACAUGUCAGGUGCGUGGAAAACACACCCAGACUAUCAUGCUGUCCAACCGGAGCAACCAGUCAUGGAACCUGCAGCCCAUCAUUGAGGGGGAACAAUGGAAAGGUCCUGAAUUCAUCAGGGUAGAGGCCCAUCAGCAAAACAAGCCCUACGAGAUCACUUACAGACCCCUCACCAUGAACAUGGAGAACAAGAAGCAUCAGGGCUCCAUCUUCUUUCCGCUUCCCGAUGGGACAGGUUUGCAGUACCUCCUGCAGGGGACUGCAGAGCCCCCUAAGUCUUCAGGGACCAUUGUCCGAGAGGUGCCGUGCAAAACUACCUACACUGAAUUGCUCCCCAUCGCGAACUGGCUGAACAAGCCACAAAGAUUCCACGUGAUAGUGGAUGUGAUCAAACCAGAAAAGCUGGACAUCACCACCAUGCUGAAGGGGCUGGAUUACACGGAAGUGCCUGCCUCCUCCAAGAAGGACUAUAAACUCACCUUCUUCUCGUACAAGGAAGGACUAUUCAGUGCUAAGGUGACCUUUCGCAAUGAGGCGACACAGGAGUACUUGUUCUACCUGGUCACGUUCAAGGCCAUCCCUUCCGGUCCGGUCAGCACCAUCGAGAUGGUUACCCCUGUUCGGCAGAGCACGUCCUCAUCCGUCAAGGUGGAAAACCCCCUCGUCUUCCCAGUAACGUUCACUACAGACUGCAAAGUGCCCGAUGUCAACCUCCCGCCGCAGUUCGUUGUGCCCGCCCAGUCCGAGGGGGUGCUUGUGUUCGAAUUCCAGCCCCUAAAAGUCGGAGAGGUCAGUGGGCGCUUGGUGCUACAGAGCAGCGACCUGGGCUCCUUCCAGUACGACCUGAACCUGAAAGCCAUUGCAGCUAGGCCGGAGAAGCCGCUGUACUUCCGUGCCAUGCUGGGCAGCAGCCAGAGCAUCACCACCAAGUUCAUUAACUAUACCCGUCAGAGAACGGAGUACACCUGCAAGAUCGACUGUUCAGAUUUCCACACGGAUAAAAUCAUCAAUGCAGCUGCGGGCUCUCAGGGGGGCACAGAGGUCAGUGUGGACAUAACUUAUGAACCCUGCCAGCUGGGUGAAUCAAGAGGAACUCUCAUCCUGUCUUCACCCAUCGGAGGAGAAUACAGCAUCCCGCUCUUUGGCGUGUCAGUGCCCCCCAAGCCUCAGGGCCCCUUUCAGAUCAAGGCUGGCUCCAGCACGGCCAUUCCCUUCAAGAACGUGUUCCUGCAGCACACAGCCUUCACCUACAACGUGGAGAACCAAGCCUUUACCGUCAAGGCUGCUGAGACCAUACGCUCCAAGAAGAACAUCUUCAUCACCGUCGGCUUUGAGGGGAACCCCACUGGCAGCAAGAUGCCCGUCACCAGCAAGCUGGUCGUCUCCUGCGCCCGGGCAUCAGGCAUGGGGGCAGGCAUUUUCUGGGUUUAUUACUUGAAGGGCAUAACCCCUGAGAAGUGACCUAGUGGCACGCAUGCGGAGUAGCAGUGUCCCAGUCCCUAAACGGGCAUUUCUCCCGCUUUGCUGAGCCACUCGCAACUCCAAGCGUAGUCAUGCACCUCCUAGGAUCUGACUUUGGCUGGUCUUUAUUUCCCUCCCCAUCUCAGUACAGAAUGGACUCGCUCUACAACACAGAUGUGCCUUCGCAGUGAAAAGCAGCACCAGAGUCUCUUCACCACGGUUUUUGCCAGUACAGAAAAAGUUUAUUGGAUCUACACGCCUACUGAGAGCACCGGGCGACUGCAGGAUUGCGUAUGGGGCAUGCACAGAACACACUCACCAGUAUAUAACGGGCUGUUGUUGACAAUUCCCAAAGAGCAGGCUAACAGAUCUCAGUACUACUGAAGUGACCUGGCAAUUGUGUCACUUAUCCUUGGCCUGAUAGCGUCACUGAUCUGUUAGUCAAAUUAUAUGAAAGUUACAAUAUAAAGAUCAGUGGGGAAGAUCCCAGCUAUCUAUGUAUAUGGUCUGACUGCAUGUGUCAAGACUCAGUCCAUUUAUCCCCCCUCAGUUGAUAACCAAUAGACUUGCCUUCAUAUUGCCUUCAAAGUACAAACCUUCCUGCCUGAAGGAGGAUUCACUUACUGUGGAUUUAUUAAAAAUACGUCUUGUGUACAAGCCACCAAAGGUGCUGCAGCUUUUCCCAACAGAACAGAGCAGAGUUCAUGAAAACAUUCACAUUGUAUCCCAGAAAUAUGAGGACUCCAUCAUGCCUCCCAGCUGAUCUCACCCUCUGGGAUCAGAGGCUAGGAUGACUGUUGGCAGCAUGGUUUCUUUGUUUGUUGUAUGAAAAUGUAUUUUGGAAUAAAGAUUGUU